CUGGUCACACUACUUACACUCUCGUGGGUUUUCAAUCGGCGCUGUCACUCGAGGCUGAGAAAAAGUUCGCAUUUCUGUAAAGAAUUAACAUAAGUUCCCGAGAAAAUGAUUUCAAACAACCGCCUGCUUUUGCCUGCUCUCCGCAACGUCCUCCAGCGACGCAACCAAUCUGUUGUUUCUGGACCCCCAACCCAGCACGUAUCGAAAGCGGAAAAGGCUAUUCUCGGGUCCAUAAUGAUUGCUUCGUUCUUCGUCAUCCCGGUCUGGGUCCUAGGUCACCUUAAAGAAUACAAAGCACCAAAGUAAAUUCCAUUAAGAAUGCGAAUGUAAUGUAGAAACGAGUGAAUAAAUUUGUCCUUUAAAUUGUAAA